UUUUUUUUUCAAACAAUGCUUCUUUUUGACCUUUCCCAAGGAGAAGCGCUACAAAGCAGCCACUGUGCUUUCUGAACCGCCUCCCCCUGUAUCGCUUAAUUGAGAAGGUAUACAAAUGCUCUCAGUCCAGCCAGACACCAAGCCGAAAGGUUGUGCUGGCUGCAACCGAAAGAUCAAGGACCGGUAUCUUCUAAAGGCACUGGACAAAUACUGGCAUGAGGACUGCCUGAAGUGUGCCUGCUGUGACUGUCGUUUGGGAGAGGUGGGCUCCACCCUGUACACUAAAGCUAAUCUUAUCCUUUGUCGCAGAGACUAUCUGAGGCUCUUCGGUGUAACAGGGAACUGCGCGGCCUGCAGCAAGCUCAUCCCUGCCUUUGAGAUGGUGAUGCGGGCCAAGGACAACGUUUACCACCUGGACUGCUUCGCAUGUCAGCUCUGUAAUCAGAGAUUUUGUGUUGGAGAUAAAUUUUUCCUAAAGAAUAACAUGAUCCUUUGCCAGACGGACUACGAGGAAGGUUUAAUGAAAGAAGGUUAUGCACCCCAGGUUCGCUGAUCUAUCACCAUCACCCCAUUAAGAAUACAAAGCACUACAUUCUUUUAUCUUUUUUGCUCCACGUGUAUAUAAGAAUUGACACAGGAACCUACUGAAUAGCGUAGAUAUAGGAAAGCAGGAUGGAUAUAUGAAAUAAAAGGCGGACUGCAUCUGUAUGUAGUGAAAUUGCCCAGUUCAGAGUUGAAUGUUUAUUAUUAAAGAAAAAAGUAAUGUACAUAUUGCUGGAUUUUUUGCUUGCUAUUCGUUUUUGUGUCACUUGGCAUGAGAUGUUUAUUUUGGACUAUUGUAUAUAAUGUAUUGUAAUAUCUGAAGCACAAAUGUAAUACAGUUUUAUUGUGUUACCAUUUGUGUUCUGUUUGCUUCUUUGUAUUGUUGCAUUUAGUACAAUCAGUGUUGAAACUUACUGUAUAUUUAUGCUUUCUGUAUCUACCAGCUAUUUUAAAUGAGCUGUAACUUUCUAGUAAAAAAUUGAAGAGCAAAUCUCACUAAUGAUACACAUAUAGAUAAAGCAAGUCUAUCAACAUUAGAAAGACUAAAAAAUACAGACACACACAAAGCAU